AUGGGCAAACGCAAGCUCGCCGCGCUCGAAAAGGUUGAUGCAGACCUGGUCAGCCUUCAAUACAAGAUUAGGAGAGAUCCCAAAUCAUAUGCCCAAGAGUUUUACGACCAGUGGCUUGCCUACGAUGCACAGCGGCAAAUCUUCAUUUCGUCUCCUUCGACGGCCUCGACCGACGACCUCAAGAAGUUCCACGACCUCGUCGACCUGAUCGCCCACGUCGCCGACCUCUACCCCGACCUCACCGGCGCCUACCCCGACCACCUCAAGGAGCUGUUGAACCAGCACCAUGCUGUUCUGCACCCGGAACUGAGGGAGAAGGUGGUGGGCAGUCUCGUGCUGCUCCGUAGAAAGGAUGUGAUCGACUCGACCAGUCUGCUCACUACCCUUUUCCCUAUCCUCAUCUCGACUCCCAGCAAGACGCUGCGAUCGCUCUUGUACGCCAAGAUCAUCAGCGACCUCCGGGAGUCCAACUCCAAGUCGACAAAUCACCGCCUCAACCGGACGAUACAGACCGUGCUGCACAACCUAGUAACGUCGGAUCGCACUUCCACAAAGGGCAUGUGGGCCACGCGCAUCACGCGCGAGCUCUGGCGCCGCCAGGUCUGGUCGGAUGCGAAACCCUGCGACGUCAUGAAGGAGGCUUGCCUGGGUGACAACGAGAAGGUGGUUGUGGGCGGUGUCAAAUUCUUCCUGGGCGGAGACAAGUCGCGAGAGGAAUUCGAAGACGAGUCCAGCGGCGACGAUGUCGAUCUUAAACGGGUCAAGCAUCAAUCCGGUAUCAACAAGAAGUCAAAGAAGCGCCAAAAGGCAUACGAGAAGGCCAUUGACAAAGUUAAAAAACAAGAUCGCAAAAAGAGUGCACCGCAUCCGUUGAACUUCUCAGCCCUGCAUCUGCUUCACGACCCCCAGGGGUUUGCCGAGCAGCUGUUCCAAAAGCACCUGCAGAACACAAAGAACAAGUUCAGCCUCGAUAACAAGCUGCUGAUUUUGCAGCUUGUAACCCGUCUGGUCGGCCUGCACAAACUGACGAUCAUCUCCCUGUACUCUUGGUUCGUUCGCUUCCUGACGCCCAAGCAAGCCCAAGUCACGUCGUUCCUUGCCUCGCUUGCCCAGGCGACGCACGACCUCGUGCCUCCAGAUGCCAUUGAGCCGCUGGUAGUCAAGAUUGCCAACGAGUUUGUCUCGGAAGCGUCGGCUUCCGAGGUUGCGGCCGCCGGCAUCAAUUCGAUCCGCGAGAUUGCCAUCCGCCAGCCGCUCUGCAUGACCGAGACGCUGCUUCAGGACCUGGUUCUCUACCAGCGGAGUAAAGACAAGGGCGUUGUCAUGGCCGCCAAGGGCCUGCAGUCGCUCUACCGUGAGGUGUACCCCGAACUGCUCCAGAAGAAGUACCGCGGCAAGGAGGCCACCAUGGGUCUCCGCUCGGGCGAGACUAGGCAACGCAAGUUUGGCGAGGAGGACGUGGGAGGCAUCGAAGGCAUUGAGCUCCUGGAGCAGUACAAGGAGGAGCAGAAGGCCAAGAAGCUUGCCGAGCAAGAGGGCCUGCCCGAGGGAGAUGAAGGGAAGAAGAAGCUGGACGACGAGGAUGACGACGGCUUCCACUCGGACGAGUGGGAGGUCGGUUCCACCGACAGCGAGUCUUCAGGAGGCUGGAUUGACGUCGAGAGCGACGGGGAGGACGAUGUUCCUGCCAAGAAGCGGCAGAAGACGGGUUCUGAGGCACCGCAGCUCGUGGAUGGAGACAAGGAGAACGUGGUUGCUGAAGCCAACGGCAUCUCGACGCUCGCCAUGACGUCCAUUCUGACGCCGGCCGAUCUGCUUAAGCUCCAGGAGCUGCGGCGAGAGGCCAGGGUUGACCAGGCGCUGGGCAACCGCUCCAAGCGCAAGAAGGAGCUUAUUGACCGCCACAUCGACGAGGGUGUGACGGCCGAGGACAUUGAGCUCCCGGCGACGCUGGGUAAGAAGUCGACCAAGGAGGAGCGGGUUGCGCUCGCCAAGGACGGCAAGCCUGGCCGCGACGAGCACAAGUCGACGCAGGCCAUCCGCAAGUCCAAGAAGGAGGCCGAAGGCAAGAGCAGCACCAACAAGGAGAAGGCGCGCAAGAAGAACUUCCUCAUGACGGUCGGCAAGGCCAGAGCGAAGACCAAGAGGAGUCUGACAGACACGACUAAAGCGCUCAGGCAACACGUAGCCAGGAGCAAGAACGGCGGCAGGAGAAGAAACGACGCCCCGCCAUGA